AUGUGUUAUUUUUGGAUUUUCCUGGUUUAAUCAAGUGGUACUGAAUGCUUCCGGAUGUGGAUUGUUAACGUGAAUUCUUAAAGCAGUCACCUGGUUUCUUUUUAGUUCUGGUUCACUGGCUAUAUGCCGCUGAAAAGUGAAAAGGUAUUGGUGCGUACAGUAUAGUGACGUUUCUGGGGAAGGCAGGCAGGUGGGGAGGGGGUCAGCCUGCAAAUACAUGAGCUCAGUCCUGUCUUUACUCUAGAGGAAAUCUAUCUUCAGCUUGAGCCUCAUAGAGGUUAUCCAUCCUUCGUAAAAACAUGUAACUUUUCUUCACUGGCGGAAAAUCAUGGAGCUACAGGUGGAAAACCAAAGUCAGCCUUUCACCACCAACACCAUGAGGCUGCCAGCUAAAAUCAUCCUGGGAAUGGGAGUAGAUAACUUCAUUUCUCUUCUAAUAUUUGGACUCAUUUUCAUUCUUGGUGUGCUUGGGAACACACUGGUCAUAACAGUGCUGGCGCGCAGUAAACCCGGACAACCGAGGAGCACAACCAACAUAUUCAUCCUCAACCUGAGCGUGGCUGACCUGUCCUACCUCCUCUUCUGUGUCCCUUUCCAGUCCACCAUCUACAUGCUGCCUACGUGGGUGCUCGGAGCGUUCAUUUGCAAGUUUAUCCACUAUUUCUUCACCGUUUCUAUGUUGGUCAGUAUUUUUACUCUGUCAGCGAUGUCCGUGGACCGUUACGUGGCCAUCGUCCAUGCCAGGAAAUCCUCUUCGAUCCGGGUGGAGAGGCAUGCCAUGCUCGGAGUGGUGCUGAUCUGGACCCUGUCCGUGGUCAUGGCAGCUCCCGUAGCGCACUACCAGAGCAUCGUGGAGAGGGAGAACAACAACACCUUCUGCUGGGAGGUCUGGCCGGAACACCAGAGGAAAGUCUACGUGAUGUGCACCUUUGUGGUCGGAUACCUUCUGCCUCUCACUUUGAUAUCUGUCUGCUAUGCAAAGGUUUUAAAUCAUCUGCACAAAAAGCUCAAGAAUGUCUCAAAAAAAUCCGAGCUCUCCAAAAAGAAGACUGCUCAGACUGUCCUCGUGGUGGUUGUUGUCUUCUGUCUGUCCUGGCUGCCUCAUCACAUCGUCCACCUGUGGGUGGAGUUUGGCUCCUUCCCUCUGAACCAGGCCUCCUUCGUGUUCAGGAUGGUGGCUCACUGCUUGGCCUAUAGCAACUCCUCUGUUAAUCCCAUCAUCUAUGCCUUCCUGUCUGAGAACUUCAGGAACUCCUAUAAGCAGGUUUUCUGGUGCCGGGCGCCCAGCGAGUGUCCUCUGAACGAAAACCGAGACCCCCGCAGCAGAAUGGAGACGGCACCUUCCACUAAUGUCAGCGUGUCUUAUAAAGGUCACGACUCUCAGAUUAGUAAAAUGCUUUGAUUACACUGGUGGUGCAUCCUGAGUACAGCCUGCUGGAUAAUGGAUUUAAAGGCUGAAAUUACUGAUAUGAAAGUUUAACAAAAUCCAAAGUUUCAUAUAUCGACUGAUAUUUGUAUUUUGAAAGACUUUAAAGAGCAUGUUUGAAUUGGGCCUUCAUUCCUCAGUGUGGCACAUUUGCAUAUCUCAUGUAUACACAAGUAAUAAUUUUAAAUGUCAGGAAAUAUUAUCCCGCUUCCUGCUGAAACAGAUUACAAGAGGAGGAAAAAAAUCUGUGUUAUAUAUAUAUACUGUAUAUAAAAUGUGAACAUGACUAAAUGUCACCCAUUGAUUUGCGAAGUCUCAUUUUGAAGACUUGUUGUAAGUAUCGUGACUGUCAGCGUCUAUGAAGCCAGAAGUGAGUAUACGUUUGGACAGGAUGGUGAAGUGUGAAGUUAUCAGGUAAUGCUAGCAAGAUUAGCAUCAAUGCACUGGUGAUUUGCACAGAGAAUCAUUAUUGCUAAUUGGUACUAAUUAACCAAAAUACAAAUAUAAUACUAAAACUUCACUCAACACAACAGCAGCACGGAUUUCUCUGACUGGUUAUUUGCAUAAUUAAAAGUGUAUAAUAACCACCAUUAAAUAAUAUGAAUUAUUAUAAGCUUUAAUUCAAGUUAAAUGUGCUGAGUUAUAAAAUAAGAUUUUCAUUAUAUUUGCCAAGAAGGGAUACAGUAUCGAGAUCAAAGCUAUAUUUCAUACCACUUUUUAACCUUUUAUUUUCUUCACUGCCACUGAACACUUUGAACAUGGGAGUUUAUGGGGACUGACUCACUUUUGGAUUUAGCAUCAAUGAUACAGGGUGUAUCUAAAAGAAUCAUUCAAUUUCAAAAGAUUAUAUGUAUUUUUAAGUAAUGGUUAUAGAAACUUGCACGGUUGAAUAUAAAGUUUUACAUACCAAAUUUACAAUGUUCACAAGUGCUCAAAGUGUCCUGAUGGUCAAACUUGUUCCGGAUGUCACUGCAGCCACUGCUGUUGUUAUGAUGUCUACCGGCAACUGUGUGAAACUCACAAAUCUCCUCUUUCUAUCAGUGUGUGUUUCGAUUGUUACUGGUGAACAAUGAUUAAAGCACCCUGAAAUUAUAUGAUGCUUUUUGAUACACCCACGAAUUUAGGAACUACGGUUUUUGGCACUUCCUAUUGGCUUAAUGUUCAGCCCCAGAGAUGGCCGCCUGGUGAAUAUUUACCAGGAUCAGUCAGAAGCUGUUGGACAGGAGCUUCUAGAUAUUGCUGGAAGAUCCAGUGAUAAUUGUUAUUUUGCCCAGCUUUAGAUGAAUACUUUACACUCUCAAGUUCGCUUUGCUUAGACUAAAAAUCAUUUUAGUCUAAUGCUGCCUGUAAACACCUCUGAAAACUCACUAAUUAAUUUAUUUUAGCUGAGUUGUGUUUAUGUUUUGGAAAUGUUAAACCAAGCAACCAGCAUAGACUCCUCCUGUGGAUCCCCUGAAACUAAUCAGUUCUAAUUAUAAAGUAUAUGAGCAUGACAUAAUUUGCUGAGUCUGUCAUCUCAGUAAAGCCAGUAAGACUUUGAUUCAAAUGAUCUGCAAAUAACUGCUCAAUAGAAUUUAUGCCAGAUUCUGGGAGAUUAGCUUAAUCUCUAUACUAAAAUUUCAACCCCAUCAUCUAGUAGGAAAACUGAGUUUGGAUGAUUAUGUAAAUAUAAAUAUUGUUUUCAACACAGUGCAUGCCCAAGGCUGUUAUUGUAGCCAAUAUGGUUAGACUGUGGUUGGUGUUAACCAGCUAAACCUAUUGGUUUAGACUAGGGAAAGGUGGUAGUCAUAGUUUGUUAUACUGAAUCUCUUUGGCAGACACGCACAUGCCCGUCCACUGCAAAGCCAACUUAACAUAAAAGGAAAAGUACUUCCAAACACUGAGAGUACAUACUGCCAUGCUAGCUCUAAUUCUGAGUUAGUGAAUCAACAUACACCAAUAUGUUAAAUGUAUGGUGAAAAAAGAUGCAUGAAUUUUAUGGCACAGUCAGAUAAAUAUGAGAUUAUUCUCUGUGAGUAAAAGGACUGACAGACCUUCUGCCUAAUGUAGUUUUUAAUGUAAUGUACAUACUGUACAGACUAUACCAGAGAGCAUCAGGGACAUGCGAGUAAAUGAUAAUGCAUCAUUUAAAUCACAUCGUAGAUAAUCGUUCUGCUCUCAAAGAUCAAAGGUGAAGGUUAAAUAUAGUCUCACCUGAGCUGCCACAGACCUGAAGUUUCUCUGUAAUCUGUGGCCAGUGUGUGUGUGUGUGUGUGUGUGUGUGUGUGUGUGUGUGUGUGUGUGUGUGUGUGUGUGUUAUCCACCUGUUGUGUAGUCUGUUUUUGUUUAGAGGGAACUUAAAGGCAGUGUCUUUGUGUGAAGUGUUUUCACUCAAUGUGCUGAAACUAUGUUCCACCAACUGCAAGCAAAGAAAUGUAUAAAACCAAAAUGUGUAAGUGUACAGUAUGUGUGUUGAAAUUGUACAAAGACAUGAAUAAUUUAUGUUACAAACCAAUAAACUCUU